CAAUAUCUCGGCUGGCGAGUGCACACACGGCCCGUAAAGUAAGGUAGACUCGCUACUGCAACGCGAUACCCUAUACCGUGUGUGCGUGUGCAGCGGAGGCAGACAGAGCUCGACGAAAAAAAAGAGGGCUAUGUGGCUGCCACUGCUGCUGCUUUGGCUCCUCGUGACAGAUAUAAUAUAACACCGUACACACAAAAGUAUCGAAGGGUUGUUUUGCGCAAAUAAACUUUGGUGCGUAGGCGUUCGAAGAGAAGAUUGUAUUUUUCUCGGAAAAUUGUCACAGCCUCGAGUCGCGCGAGUGCACGAUUGACAGAAGCAAAAAAAAAGCUCCUGCUGCGGGUGUUCCGCCCCCGCGCGCGAGCUAGGCCUCGUCCAAGGGAGACCCUCUGGACCUGCAAUAAUAACGUAGAGAGGAAAGGUGGCCAUGGCGGACAGCGAGUUCGAGGAGUUUCGUUAUUACUUUGACAGGCUGCCUCAGCAUCUCAAGGCGACAUCCAACAAUUACACGCUCGUUCACGAUAUCCUGCUGGACGAUGAAUCACCGAGCUCGGGAUCGUCGUCGUCGACUUCGCCACGGGCCCAGAAGACGACCACCACCAGCACUACUGCCAACAACGCCGACGACGAGGACGAGGACGAUGACGACCUCAAAGACCGCAAGAGCAACGCCGUUAUCGGCUCGACGACGACGACGACGAAUCGUCGCAAUAGCCAGCAACAGCAGCAGCAACAAAAACGGCUGAUCACUGGCGGUAGCAGCGGUGGUGGCCUACUGCUCGGCCUCGACUCGGAGGAGGACGAGGACGUGUCGGUGCUGCUGCACAGGCAUCAGUACCACGAGGCCCACAGCGAUCACAACGGCGGCGGCGGCUCGGCCGACGAUUGCGACGAGUGCGAGCAGCUGUGCUACUCGACCAUCAUCGCCGACAGCGAUUUCAGUGUAUUUUCCUCGGAUCGAUUGCAUCGGUUGAACAACAACAACAACGACUUGAAUAAUGGAAGCUGCAAAAACAGCAGCAACAACAACAGCGGUCGGGAUAGCGCCAUCGGUAGCAGCGAAAUGGGCGACUCGUGCACCUCCAGCUGGAGCAGUUCGUGGGCGACGACAACGACGCCCGAACAUCAACAGCAGCAGCAGCAGACCAAGCAGCAGAACAACGGCGAGCGCAGACGCAGGCGUCUGCCCGAGAUACCCAAGAAAAAAUCAUUGAUGACGCGAUCGGCGCCGUCGCUGGCCGAGGAGCUUGACGCAGCCGCCCGGGCGGCAGCGGCUGCGGUGACGGCCGGCAGGCCGCACCUCAUGCAGCAGAUCCAGAGCAAGGGACUGCGCCUGUGGCCCACCCAGGCACCGAUUCAGCAACAGCAAGACGACACGUCGCCCACCGAUAGCGGCCACUCGACGGCCCACUCGCCGGACAACGGGCCCAAGAGCGUCUCGCCGACGAGCAGCGGCCCGGCGCACAACCUGCUGCAGAGCUCGAUAGUCAGCCUCGGCGGCGACUCCUCGAGCGGCGGUCCGCUCUCGCCGCAGAUCAGCACGCCGGGCAGCAGCAGCGCCGCGGGCCUGCUGUCGUUCCCGCAGCUGGAGCUGCUCGAGGCCACGCAUCGGGGCCUGCACAAGUUCGUGCCCCGCCACCGGGACGAGAUCGAGCUCGAGAUCGGCGACCCGGUCUACGUGCAGAAGGAGGCCGACGAUCUCUGGUGCGAGGGCGUGAACCUGCGCACCGGCCGCCAGGGCAUCUUCCCGUCGGCCUACGCCGUCGACCUCGACUACAGCGACUUCGACCCGAGCGCGCCCAAGGUGAAGCGCGAGCGCUUCCUGCUGGGCUAUCUGGGCUCGGUCGAGACUCAGGCGCACAAGGGCACGGGGGUGGUGUGCCAGGCCGUGAGGCGCAUCGUCGGCAGCGGCGGUGACGGCGAGGGCAGCGGCAGCGUCGGAGGAGGACCCCAGCCCCAGAGCUGCGUGCUCGAGAUCUCCGAUCAGGGUCUGCGCAUGCUCGAUCGCAGCGGCGGCAAGCAGUCGAGCAGCGGCAGGAACAACUGCCACGACUACUUCUACUCGCUGAAGAACGUGAGCUUUUGCGCCUUUCAUCCGCGGGACCAUCGCUAUCUCGGCUUCAUAACCAAGCACCCGACCCUGCAGCGCUUCGCCUGUCACGUGUUCGUCGGCCAGGAGUCGACGAGGCCCGUCGCCGAGGCCGUUGGGCGAGCUUUUCAUCGCUUCUACACGAAAUUCGUCGAGACAGCCUUCCCCAUCGAGGACAUUUAUAUCGAGUAAGAAACAGAAAGAGUUUCGACUGAGCGACAAUGAUGAUCCUUCUCUCCCCGUUCGCGGCUGUUUGCCACGCGUUUGAAAAAAAAAAUUGAAGCCUCUAAUCGAUAUAUGAAAACAUAAUUCCCUGCGUUGAUCAAGCCGGACUGUAUUACGAGGCCUUGAACAUCUGUACCUUUUUUUUUCAUCAUUCUGCGCAAAAUUAAAAUCUUGCUCGUAGUUCCUGUACUAUAUUCUGUUUAUUAUCUAUAAAUAGAUGCGAAAGUAUUAGAGCUUAUUGUACGGACCGAUCGAUCGUGCGCGAUACAGGAUUGUGAGCGCCGCGUAACCGGAAGGAAUAAUUGUCACUUUUUAUUUCGUUUCUAUUCGCAACAAAAUAAAAAAGCAACCCCCCGAUUGUAAAUAUUUAUAAUUAAAAAUACUAUAAACCCAAGAAAGGACCAUUUCAUUUGAGCCCAUUUAUAUCGAUAGUUGUUCGAUCUAUCCCCCUUCGCACGCACUUAAUAAACAAACACGGAACAAGAGAAGCUUGAAAGAGAAAAUGUGAAAUAUAUAUAUCGCUAUUACGGACUUUGCUACGAUCCGUAUACAUU